UUGAAUGGAUCAAAAUCGAAAGUUAAUUGUUCCAAGACGCGGCAGCGUCUGUCUCUCUCGGUUUCAACUGUGAGUUGGUAAUGGUUGCAUAAAUCUCAUUGACGUGAGACUGCAUCCAUGGCUUCGGAGAAGAUUUGCUCGAUUCUCUUGUUUUGUGCUGUAAUUUUGCUUCUCCGUGAUGCUCCUUCUGCCAUAGCUGGGGACAUAGUUCACGACGACGAUUCAACUCCCAAGAAGCCGGGUUGCGAGAACCAGUUCGUUCUGGUAAAAGUGCAAACAUGGGUCAAUGGUGUAGAGGAUGUUGAAUUUGUUGGUGUGGGUGCCAGAUUUGGCAGAGCCAUUGUGUCCAAAGAGAAAAAUGCAAAGCACACGCGCCUUAUUCUUUCAGAUCCUCGUGAUUGUUGCAUUCCGCCAAAGAAUAAGAUUGUGGGAGAUGUCAUCAUGGUGGAUCGAGGCAACUGCACGUUCACAAAAAAGGCAAAUAUUGCACAGAAUGCUAAUGCUUCAGCCAUCCUCAUCAUAAAUAACCAAAAAGAACUGUACAAGAUGGUUUGCGAACCUGAUGAAACUGAUUUGAACAUACACAUACCUGCUGUCAUGCUUCCACUAGAUGCAGGUACAAGGCUGGAAAAAAUGCUGACAACUACUUCAUCUGUGUCUGUGCAGCUGUACUCGCCACUUCGACCAGCUGUUGACGUAGCAGAAGUAUUUCUUUGGAUGAUGGCAGUUCUUACCAUAUUGUGUGCAUCAUAUUGGUCAGCUUGGACGACCCGAGAAGCAGCUAUUGAACAGGAUAAGUUGCUAAAGGAUGCUUCAGAUGAACUCCCAAACACUAAAUAUGCUAGUGUUAGUGGAGUUGUAAAUAUGAAUGUGAAAGCUGCAGUCCUUUUUGUUGUAUUUGCUUCGUGUUUCCUGUUUAUGCUUUACAAACUGAUGUCGUCGUGGUUCAUUGAUGUUUUGGUUGUUCUCUUCUGUAUUGGUGGUAUUGAGGGCUUGCAAACAUGCUUGGUUGCUCUUUUGUCCAGGUGGUUCAAGCAUGCCGGAGAGUCAUACAUCAAAGUACCUUUCUUAGGAGCUAUCUCAUACCUGACUUUGGCUGUUUCUCCAUUCUGUAUAACAUUUUCCAUUCUCUGGGCAGUUUAUCGCAACGAAUCCUUUGCCUGGAUUGGUCAAGAUAUACUUGGAAUAACACUGAUAAUCACAGUUCUACAGAUUGUACAUGUACCAAAUCUCAAGGUUGGUACAGUACUUCUUGGCUGUGCCUUCAUUUACGACAUCUUUUGGGUAUUUGUCUCAAAGAAGUUUUUCAAGGAAAGCGUCAUGAUUGUGGUGGCCCGAGGCGAUCGAAGUGGAGAAGAUGGAAUUCCCAUGUUACUGAAGUUCCCUCGGAUUUUUGAUCCAUGGGGUGGUUACAGCAUCAUAGGUUUUGGAGACAUCCUUUUACCAGGAAUGCUGGUGGCAUUCUCACUCAGGUACGAUUGGCUGGCAAACAAGAGCCUUAGAAGUGGAUAUUUCUUGUGGGCAAUGUUUGCAUAUGGCUUUGGUCUUUUAGUUACGUACGUGGCACUAAACUUGAUGGACGGGCAUGGCCAACCAGCACUACUAUACAUCGUUCCAUUUACCCUUGGGACCCUGAUGACAUUGGGGCGGAAGCGAGGAGAUUUGAGGGUUUUGUGGACUAGUGGAGAACCUGAAAGACCUUGUCCACAUAUAAGACUCCUACACAGUGGAGAACUAAACUGUGAAUGAAUGAUGUUGUAACUUUUCACCUCUGAUAUAUUCGGUGUAUGCAAUGCAUGGCUUAUCUUCUGCAAUUGAGCACCAUAGUUUCAUGUAUCCAAUCCCCUUUAAACAAAGCAGGGGCUCACAUUUAUAGUUACAAGUAAUGUAGAGUUUGUUCAAAUAGUUCUACAUAGAAAUCUCUAAUCAGCGUUGUUUGUAGUUGGUGUAUGAUCUAUGGUUUUUGUACCUGCAAUUUUACUUUAUUGG